UAUUAAAAGUUUCCGCCGAUAUUGAUCGUUAAAGCUUGUUAGAAAAAAUAUCUAUCGGAGUAUCCAGUUUCUCAUUUUUCUUUUUUUUGUUUUGUGCUCUAUUGUUGAACAAAAUGAGUUCCAAUUUUCCGGCGUUGCAACUAAGGUGCCUUGGCUGCUUGUCCCAGGAAGGCUUGGGGCGCCGAUACGAGUGCUGUUUGUGCGGACCGGAGGUCACCUAUUGCGGCCCCUGCUUCGACGAAGGCCGCAAUAGUCCGACGCUCAACCACAUGUACUAUCAUCCCAUGAAGGCCAUUUACAGUCAGCCCGAUUUCGACCUAUUCUUCCAUGGCGAAAUUCAAGAGAAUGGCGAAGCUCCGCAGAGCUAUAAGUGCCCCUUUUGUGAUGAGAUGGGCUUCACCGGUGAGGAGUUGCAGGUGCAUGUGACAGUGAAGCACGGCGAGCAUACUGAUGGUCCUGCCCUGCUGGCCAUUCUGGAGGUCAUAAACCAGCCGGAGACCGGAGAGGGCAAGGCUGUGUUGGCCAGUGUUAGGAAAUUGUCGGGGGAAGACAUUAAGGCCACUGAAAUUCGCUGCCAGGAGAAGUCCCGUGGAGGCCUGAGCUAUGAGGUCAUCCUGGCCGAACCGGCACCCAAUGUUGCCGUGCCUAAGCGUCCGGUCACCCCCGGGAAGAACGUCAGCGUUGAGGAGAUUGAGCAAAAGCUAAAGGCGGCCGAAGAGCGUCGCAUCUCUCUGGAGGCCAAGAAAAUGGCCGAUAUCUCGAAUAAGCUAGCCAAGGUUGAGGAGGCCACUCGCAAAAAGGAUGAAAUCACUAAUGAGUUCAUCACUCAGACCAAGGAGCAACUGGAGUCAAAAAUGGAACAGCAUGUGGAGAAGAGAGAAGCCAUUAUUAGCGAUAUGAAGGAGAAACUAAAGAUCCAUGCCCAGGAGAUUGAGAAGACGCGUGAAACUUUAGAGCAGCAGAAGGCCAAUGAGCAAAAGGCUAUCGAGGAGAAGUUAAAGAUUGCCCAAUCGCUGCGCGAUGAGAAUAUCAAGAAAAUGUUGGAUCGUCUAAAGGAGCAUAACACAAUCAAAAUUGCCGAAAUCAAAUCGCAGAACGAUCAAUUGGAAUGUCAAAAGCUCGAGGAGAAGGCACGCCUCUAUGAGAACAAAUUGUUCGCCGCCGAACUGAAGCGUGAACAGGAAUUACAGAAAAAAAUUGAAAAAGUUCAAAAACUAGAGCGUCGCGCCGAAUUGGUGCGCCAGAAUAAGGCCCAGGCCCAGGAUGUGGACGGACAGCAGAGCCCCAUUGCCUCCUCCGGUUAGAGUGCAGGCCGCCAUGCACCGAGAGAGCUAUGCUGAGCAUGGAUCCACAUUACUACUACUGCAAGUAAAAGCAACUACGACAAAAACAACAGCUACAACAACAACCACACUGCAAACACGAAAACAUAUUUCCCAAACAAAAAAUAAGAACAAAAACACAUUUAAGCAGAAACAAAUAAGCUUCAACAAAAAUUUCAAGUAUUAUAAAAAAGAGAAAUGGAAAGGCGACGAGUGGAAAGGCUCAAGACUCCGACAAGCGUGCUGGGAGUCACGAACAUCAAAUGGAAAAGCAACACAAGAAAAACUAUUGCAUACUGCAAAUUAAUGCAAAAUACAUUUAUUAAAGGAAAUUUACAACUAAACACUUAAAAAAGAAGGGCCUGGUGAAAAAAAUCAAGAGCCGCCCAUUUAAUUUCAUGAAUUCGCUUUAAAUUUCAUGUUAUUUUGUUCUGCUCCUUUAAAGUUAAAACUUUUCUGCUUUCCCAUUGAUUUUCAUUUUUAAAUUUAUAGUUCAUUUUUGCUUUAUUGAUCGAUGUUCGAUAUGAAUGUAUUUUGAAAUAAUUUGCAAGAAAGCUCAAAAAGCCAUGUGUACUUGAAAUGUAAUUGCCUCUUUAAAUUGUAGUUGCUUUUGCAAGGAAAUUUUUUCAUCUGAUCUUUCAUUUAUAUGAAGUAUAUGUAUAAUUUAAUUUAUUAAUUUUCACAAAAUAAAAAGAAUAACAAUCAAAAUAAGCAAACGUAACGUAUAUAUUUUUUAUGUGUUCGCAUUUUGUAUCUACAUAUAAAUGCAUAAGUGUCAUGCUGAGGAAAUACAUAAGAAAUGCUUAUAAAAUUAAAUAAAAACAGAACAAUUGAAUACAAGAUACUAAACAGAA